AUGGCGGAUAUCAAUCCAAAUCAUACGAUUUAUGUGAAUAACCUGAAUGAAAAGGUCAAACGCGAUGAACUCAAGCGCUCGCUGCACAUGAUUUUCGCUCAAUACGGCGAAAUCAUUCAACUGAUGUCGUUCCGGAAGGAACGAAUGCGUGGACAGGCUCACAUCGUCUUCAAGGAGGUCUCGUCGGCUUCAAACGCACUUAGAGCUCUUCAGGGAUUCCCAUUCUAUGGCAAGCCAAUGCGUAUUCAGUACGCUCGCGAGGAUUCGGAUGUGAUCGCACGUGCCAAAGGAUCAUACGUUGAGAAGCGGGCGAAAACGACGGCCCGCGCCGCCAAAAAGCCGUAUGAGAAGCCAAAAAAUGGAGAGAAACGGCCGGAAGGAGAGGAGAAGGAGAAGGAAACAACGGCCGAGAACGAGGGACCAGGACUGCCGAACAACAUUUUGUUCUGUUCGAAUAUUCCAGAUGGAACGGACCCGGAUCAGAUUCAGCACAUCUUUGGACAAUUCCCGGGACUCCGCGAGGUUCGUUGGAUGCCAAACACCAAGGAUUUCGCGUUUGUCGAGUACGAAUCCGAGGAUAUGUCAGAGCCAGCACGUCAAGCACUGGACAACUUCCGUAUCACUCCGUCUCAUCAGAUUAAAGUCAAAUUUGCAACGAAAUAA